AUGGAGGAUGUUGUGGCGGGUGUCCAGCAGGGCCGCACGUUGUUCCGGGCUGGUCGCUUCACGGCGGCCGAGGCCACAUGGAGACAGUGUCUCCGUGAAGCCUUUGCGCAAGGCGAUUACGCGGCAAUGUUUGUUUUGAGCAAGAACCUUGGCGACGUGUGCGCCAGCCGUGACGAAGCGUUGGCGUUUUACGAGUACGCUCUCGAAGUAGCGACGACUUCUCGUGUCCUGCGGGACCCAAGUUUGAGGCCAUAUAUUGCGACCGUCGCGGUCGCCGUGGAGCGUCUGGACGAGUCUGUCGCUACAUGUACAAAUUGUGGCGCCGGCGACGUGCGUGUGAUCCAACCAUUGUGUCAAGACGAUGCACCUAUCGGAAUCGACUCCGCGCUCUGCUUUAUGUGCUACGAGAAUCUGCAGGCCCAGCAAACGCGAGCCACGUCUCCCAGCACGAGCUCAUUAACCAUGUGUGCGACGUGUGGCGUCUUGUUCCCCCCUCAAUCGCUCAAGGAAGAUGUGGACGACCUACUCUACUGUCUUCCUUGUUUCGAUGCAUACUACGCCGAUGCGGGCGACGACCCAGAGUGGGGGGUCGAAGGCGACGAAGAGUAUGCUGAAAGCGAAGCAGACGACGGGAUGCUAUGUGCAGGCUGCCUCGAUGCAGAUGGCACUCUCUCGGGAAACAAUGGACUCGUCUACUGCGACAACUGCUACAAUGCCACAUUUACUUACGAAAGUCCCAGUAAAUCGGCCACGACAGCAUCACUGGCAGCUGUUGCAGAGUAUGCUCCAGGCACACCGGUUCCGUCGCCAGCAACGGCGAGCGUUGCUUCGGUUGCCGAAGGCUCGACCACCACCGCCGCCACAACAACGCCACCGCCGGUCGCAGCUCCAGCAAGUCUUGCAUCUUCUAAAGACGAACCCCCAGAGUCUAGCAGGAAGAAGUACUCGAAAGAGUUCAUGCUAAGUUUGCGUGAUUCGGCAACGAUUGCCCCUCGAGAUUUGGAACACUUGUUAAGGUCCCUCCAAGGCCCCCCGCAGCAGCGGGAAAAGCAACGUCCACAUCGACCGACUGCCGCGUCAGCUACACCAGGUUCCGCACCUCGUCUCGACGAUACUCCCACAGCACCCCCUCAAGUGAGCGAGCACCAUACGGCGAUGGACAAAGACGUUUUUGCACGUCACGUUCUUGGCGCAGGCGCCGCGACGGUGGCAGCAGUGCAGGCAUUGCUGGUUGGCUCCCAUAGGAAUAGCUCUGGUCCUCCUCUGACGCUGCAAUAACACAAAUGUUUCCAAUGCACAGAUGACGAGACUGCUCGGUCUUGUGCGCUGGCCGGCA